AUGUCUAAGUUCUCGUUGAAAGGCAGAGUCGCUUUGGUCACCGGGGGAGCCAGAGGCUGCGGCCUUGCGUUCGCUCAGGGCCUGGCUGAAGCAGGUGCAGACGUGGCCGUCUUCGAUGUGAUUCCACCUUCGCCGGCUCUAGCACAACUCACAGUCGAUCAUGGCGUGCAAACGAAAGCAUAUACUGUCGAUGUGACUUCCCUCGAAAGUCUCAAGACAGGAUUUGAAGCCUUCAAGUUGGACUUUGGUGGAAAGCUUGACAUUCUCGUUGCAUGUGCAGGCGUGAAUAAGAAUGUUGAGCUCCUGGACACCACAGAGGCAGAUUUCGACAGAUUGUUUGGAGUCAACUGCAAGGGUGUCUACUUCUCUGCGCAGAUGGCGGCAAAGAGAAUGAUUGAAAAUGGGACGAAGUGUGGUAGCAUCAUUCUUGUCGCCAGUAUGGCUUCGUAUAUUGCCAUUCGCUCUCAGCGCUCAAGUGCAUAUUGCGGGACCAAAGGCGCCGUGAAGGCAAUGGUUGCGCCAAUGGCUGCAGAGAUGAAUAAGUAUGGUAUACGGGUAAAUUCUGUGAGCCCUGGGUAUGUUCGCACGGAAAUGACGAGCCCCUUCCCGCAUUUGUUGGAGAGCUGGAAAGAUGAGAUCAUGCUUGGUCGGGUCGCAGAGCCAGAUGAUAUCAAGGGGGCAUGUGUGUUCUUGGCGAGCGACGCUAGCAAGUAUUGUACUGGGACGGACAUUGUGGUGGACGGGGGUGUAACGAAAUGGUGA